AUGUAUCUUAUGGUGCCCUCCAUAGUCACCAAAUCGGGGCGCGUCAUAUUAGCGGUGUACGCUCUGGAGCAAGUGUUGACUGGUCCAAUAACCGAUUUCCUCUUGAACUUGGAUAUCUUCCUGCGAACGUGCAUAUGUUUCAUAAAGCUUUUCCUGAAAUACACUAUCGACUCCUACAAACUGUGCUUCGAUCCGGCAUUCAAAGUUUUCUCGGAUAUAAUGAGUAAAGACCGGCAUGAUGUGUUCAAUUACACCGAGUCGGACAUGUCGUGGGUCUUUGACGUGACCAGCUCUGAGCCUUUGACCCAAGACCUCGGGUUUAAUUUUCUGAGUUUGAAUAUAAGCGUAACCCAGCUGGACUAUCUUCGCAUCACCUACCGCGAAUACCAGAACUGGGUGAACAAGCUGCGCACAACCAAAGACUUGGGCGGUGCUGAGGGCGAUCUCCGGGUCCGCUGCGAGAUACUGCUGUUCCUGGCCCAUCUCCGUUGCGUAGAAAAAGUUCACGACUCUUGGCCGCUCUGUGAUUGGGGCCCGGGUGUGGUUAGAGAGACUUGCCGAGAGGUUUGUCGGCCAAUCAUCGUCAUGUUGACUGAAGACUUCUGCGGGACUGAGAAAGUCACUGAUCAAUUCCAUGCGUGUGAUAAUUUAAAAUUUCCCGAGUGGUUCGCGCGGAACAAUUCUUUCGAUAUCGCUGGAGUGAACACCGAGAGAUCCACUCUGGAUGACGCUUACAACGAAGCUUCGAACUACCUCAGAACAUAUAGGGCACGUACUGCUCUUCUCGGUAACAUCUUAGAAAUAGCUCUCUUGCUGAUAACGCCCUGUUGUUUCGUCGUCAUUUAUGGCUUCCUUCAUAAAUACCAACAUUAUCCCAGCUUCCACAACUGCUACGUUUACGGAGAUUUUGGAAAAUUCAGCGAGCAAUCGGGUCUCAGGCUGGAUGAGAAGGACUUGAAACGUGUCGCAACCUUCUGGACACCGAAACCGCUGGAUAAUGAGUGGCAUGGCAUUGAGCGUCUUGUUUUCUCGAAGGUUUGGCUGACUGUGGUCCUCGGCAUAUGUGCGCUCAGCGUCAACCAUUUGAUGGCGAACGUCUUGAAAGUAAUGAAAGAAGAGAGUCGACUGUCUGGCGUGUAUAACACGGAGCAAAAUCUGAGCGUUCAAGUCGUAGGGAUCGGUAUCGUAGCCAAGUUCAUGAGAUCAUUCCUGGGAUACCUUGUGAGUUCGAGUCGGGUCUCGAGCAAUGUGGACACGGCUGUCUGUCUCGUCUCGGGACACGACUCUGGGAAAACUGGCCUGAUUCUGGGAAUCUAUGUCUUCAUGGUCUUCACUUGUGUCGCAGAAGUAUAUGCGUUCCGCCUCAGGUUCCUUCUCUGCCGCUAUUUCUACCCCGAAGCGCACCGACGUAGGAUGCUCUAUCUCUGCCACGCUAUUUUGCUGUGGCGAUCUCAACGUGCUGCUAUCGCGGUUGAAAUGACGCGCGCGAGCCCAAUUGAAUGA